AUGGCUCUCGUAGCCAGUGAUCGCUUGCAGCCGCUGGCGACGAGCGGCGCCGCGCCCGGCCGCUACGUGACCUCGGGCCCCGUCGGCGGCGGGGCCAUGGGGAUCUACGAGCGGCAGCGCCACCUGGUGGCGGCCGGCGUGUGGGGGGAGCCAUUCCGGCCCGACGCCGACGCCGACGCCGUGGCCCUGCCCCUGCCCCUGCCCCUGGCCGCGGUCGUCCCGACGGUCACCGUGGCGACGACGCCGGCGCCGCUCGACGUCGUCGAAGCAGAGGAGGUCAAGUUCGGCAAACGCCUGUUGCAGGCACAGCAGGACGACGUCGCGCCGCCUGUGGAAGAAGAAGCGGCGCCGCCGUCGUCGGAUAGCUUCGGCCACGACGACGACGCCAGGCCAAGAGACAAGACUCAGAGACGGCUCGCGCAGAACAGAGAGGCAGCCCGGAAGAGCCGGCUACGGAAGAAGGCGUACAUCCAGAAUCUCGAGACGAGCCGCAUGAAGCUAGCGCAGCUGGAGCAGGAGCUCACCAUGGCCAGGCGCCAGCAGCACGGCGCGUACGGCGUGGGAGGAGGAGGAGUCACACCGCCGCCGCCGGCGGCGGCGCCCGUGGACCCGCGCGUGGCCGCGUUCGAGCUGGAGUACGCGCACUGGGUGGAGGAGCAGAGCAGGCAGGCGACGGAGCUGCGUGCGGCGCUGCAGUCGCACGCGCCGGACGUGCAGCUGCGCGUGCUCGUCGACGCGGGGCUGGAGCACUACGGCGCGCUGUUCCAGGCCAAGGCGCGCGCGGCGCGGUCCGACGCCUUCUUCGUGCUGUCCGGCGUGUGGCGGGCCCCCGCGGAGCUCUUCUUCCUCUGGAUCGGCGGGUUCCGCCCCUCCGAGCUGCUCAAGGUGCUGGCGCCGCAGCUGGACCCGCUCUUGGAGCUCCAGGCCGCCGAGGUGCGCAAGCUGCAGAACACGGCGCGGCAGCUGGAGGACGCGCUGACGCAGGGCAUGAACAAGCUGCAGCAGACGCUCGUCGAGACCCUCAUGACCGUCGACGUCUCGCCGGACGGCGCUGCCGGCGGGGGCGGGUACGCGGCGCAGCAGAUGGCCAGCGCCGUGGGCAAGCUCGCCGACCUCGUCGACUUCGUGGACAAGGCGGACCAUCUCCGGCAGCAGACGCUGAGAAACAUGCACAAGAUCCUGACGCCGCGGCAGGCGGCGCGGGGGCUGCUCGCGCUCGCGGACUACGGCCAGCGGCUGCGCGCGCUCAGCUCGCUCUGGGCGGCGCGCCGGCGGGAGCCGGCGUAA